UGAGUUUGACCAUGCUAAACUGAGGUACUAUCACCGUAUGGAGGGUUACACCAUGGCCAAGGACGGUUACGUUGUGUAUUUGGAAUCUGUUCCGUAUAUAAACACAGGUUAUGUUGCCGUCAAGGCACAUGUGAAACCCCGAACCAAUGACAAGGACCCUGUUAGUAAGAAGGGAUAUUACGCAUGUUGGAUAAUCCUCAAAACAUGUGAUGAAGGAUCCAUUCAUUCUGCAUACUGUACAUGCAAAGGAGGAAUUGACGGAUGCUGUAGACAUGUUGUAGCCACCCUAUUUGAAGUACUAGACUUCAUUGAAAAUUUUAAAAGCACUAGCUGUACAUCAGAGCCGUGUUUGUGGGUACGCCGUGCAUCUCAGGUGGAUCAACUUGGGAAAGUUAUAUCUGCUGUUGAGAUGGAAACUUCGGUAACUGUUAACUCAAGGUAUUAA